GAAAUUUCUUAACAAAUUCUUAAGAAAUUCUUAAAAUUUCUUAAAAAUGCCACAAGGUGAUUAUAUUAAGAAUCAUGUUAAGAAAAGAGGACGCCGUCUUGACUUUGAAGAAAAGAAACGUAAGAGAGAGGCUCAUAUUGCUCAUAAAAGGGCAGAAUAUGCAAGAAAAUUGAGAGGUAUUAAGGCUAAAAUAUAUAAUAAAGAACGAAGAGAAGAGAAUAUACGAAUCAAAAGAUUAAUAAGAGCUCAUGAAGAGAAAAAAGUUAAUAGAGGGGUCGGAGAAGGGAUUCCAGAAGGAGCGGUGCCAACCUAUUUAUUAGAACGUGGAGAAGAGAAACAGGCUAAAAUGCUUUGUAAUAUGGUUAAACAAAAAAGAAAGGAUAAGAAGGAAAGAUAUAGUGUUCCUCUUCCAAGAGUUCGUGGGAUUUCAGAAGAAGAAGUAUUUAAAGUGAUUAAGAGUGGAAAAAGUAAGAGGAAAUUGUGGAAACGAAUGAUUACGAAAGCGACGUUUGUAGGGGAGGGAUUUACGAGAAAGCCGGUUAAAUAUGAGAGAUUUAUAAGACCUAUGGCACUUCGACAGAAAAAAGCGAAUGUUACGCAUCCAAAAUUAGCAGUAACUAUGCAAUUUCCAAUUCUAAGUGUUAAGAAAAAUCCACAAUCACCUAUGUAUACGCAAUUAGGUGUUUUAACAAAAGGAACAAUUAUUGAGGUAAAUGUGAGUGAAAUGGGACUUGUAACACCAGGAGGAAAGGUUGUUUGGGGGAAGUAUGCACAAAUAACAAAUAAUCCAGAAAACGACGGGUGUGUGAAUGCAGUUUUACUUGUAUAAAUAAUUUUAGAUAAAUAUUUCUUGAUGAUUAUUCAUGAUAUAUAA